AUGGCUUUCCCGGACGCUUCUUCCAAGAAUUCUCUUAAUCUCCAAUCUUCCCAUCCCCUUAUUUCCCCUUUCAAUAGUCCAGCUCCCAACGUUUAUGUUGCGACUUUGUCUCAUCGUGAUCUUCCCCCAUUGUCACCCAUGCCGGACGACUGCCAACCGAGACCCAUUCCUUCUCCAUCUCCAAGUAUCCCUUUCCCUUCCCCAGUACCAAAUCGACAAAAUAAUCAAGAUGGGGUUUCAACCCUUCUUUCGGGUUUACAAAUCGAGAAUCCUGAUCGAGAUCAAACCAUUCUAUCUCAUUCUCAGUCUAUUGCUUCUCUUGAAUUGCAGGCUAGGCGUAAUGAAGAGGUCUUACGGCGGAACGACGCGACCAUCAAGGAACUCAGUCAACUUUUAGUUUUUGCUUCGGACUUCACCAAAUUGAAAGCUCAAGUUUUGCGAGAGUUUUUGCAAGUUCCUAAUUCUCUCAAUAUGGCAAACGGGUCCACCAAUUUGCGUUUGGCGUUGUUGGAGACUCAGGCCACUUUUACAGCUAAAUUUCAUUCGGAGCCUCCUCAUUACUCUCACCUGUCCUUUUCUGGUGAAAUUUCUGAGACUCACCAGUUUUGCUAUUCCGUUCGAGACGCCUUUGCUCGUAUUUCUCAUCAGUUUGGGUCAGAUUGCGACCGCAUCUUGUGGAUUGCUAGUUACUUUUGCACGGCUUCUGGUCGUUUGGGCGAGCCUUUCAAUCUUUCCCCCAAGUCGGCUCUUGAACACUAUGAACGUGCCAUCAAUCAAAAGAUCAUCGAAUUAGGUAUACAACGAGGGGGUUGGUCAGAGUUGACCAAUUUGGACGACAUGCAGCGUAUGGCAUUCGGCACCGGUUGUGGCUAA